CCCAUAAGAAGUGCUGUAAAGAGAACGUCGUCAUCGGGCCGGUGUCCAAGCUCCUUGCCGCUUCUGGGACGGAAAAAGUUGGACUGAACCUUCGACCGCCCAAAAGUUAAGUCGUCCAUCGCUCAUCCGGCAAUCCAACACUCGACAACUUCAACACCUCCCCCAGAACAUUCACAGUUCACGGUGUAGAUUGUUGACGGUUUCUUUUCUUAUAAACGCUUUAUUUCUUCUUUCUGGAAUACCCUUUUUAUUCAAUUUUUUAAUACACCACCGCCACAAUGGUCAAGCUCACCGAGGUCGAGGACGAACACUUCAAGGAGAAGCCCGCCCCUUCCAAGAACGACGUGCUCCUUGCGUCUGACGAUGAGGAGGAUGACUUUACCGACACUGAGUCCGAAAUCUCGACCGACUCCGCCCUUGAAAUCGAGAACGAGACCCUAUACGAGCGUAUCUACGCUCUGAAGGACAUCAUUCCUCCGGCUCAUCGCCGCCGUUUCUUCAACACUGUCGACUCGGUCACAUCCUUCACAAAGUCCAGUCUGUUGUUCAGCGGUCGGGCAUUGUGGAUCAUAAGCACCAGUGCCUUCCUGCUUGGUGUUCCGUGGGCGCUGGCCUACGCCGAGGAGGAGCAGUAUGUCCAGAUGGAGCGCGAGCAGGGUAUGAUCCGGGGUGCUAAUGAGAUGCUCGCCCCCGGCGUCCCCGGUACUGAGGAGCAGAAGAGCCAGCCCACUCUGUAAAUCAACCCAUUUAACGCAAGGAAGCACAGGACUGUGGAGGGAUCUGAAUAAAUCUAUUUUUGCUGAUAGAUUGGACGACUGCGUCUCUGACACCGGUCAUGAUGUAAAUCUGUCUGACGACCUUCAAGAAGACCCGAGGCAAGGGAGGUGUACAAAUCGUGCUUCUAGCGAUGCCUGCGGAAAUUGUUUUCAUGAGGUCAAAGACGGUGCAUUGCUUGAUUCGACGAGGUCAUGGAUGUCAAGUCUCCCGAGGUGGAGAAUACAGAAUCACCAUGGAUGAGACUGAUUCCGGCUAGUGAUUCUUCUCACAAUCUCUGACUCCCUCUGCGUCUGUUCUUCCGUCAUUUUUAUCCUCUCUCUCCCACUCACUCAUCCUGCGGAUCUCACGCACACGUGUGAUCCGUCAUGUACUUGUACUACGAUUCUUUAUAAACUCUGUGAUUUAUACACGUCAUGGGAUGUCCAAAUGGAUUUGGUUUAAGAACUUUCAA